AUUGAUACGUUUCGCAAUUGGCUUUCUCUUAUCUUCUCCAUAUAAAUUGACGUCGUCGCACUCUCAACAAACCCACCCAGUAAGCAAAGAAAGUUAAAAAAUGUCUAAAUUUACUACCAUGUUCGUCAUAGCACUGCUCUUCCUCUUCACUCUCUCAUCUGGUGCACGCCCCGAGCCAGCUGUUAAAACCCAAUACGAGGGUGCUGAACCACAGCAUGUGGAUGUGGAAGAGAGCUGCAAGGGAGUUGGUGAAGAAGAAUGUUUGAUGAGAAGGACUCUGGCUGCCCAUCUUGACUAUAUCUAUACCCAGAAGCAUAAGCCAUAGAUUUUCAAUGAAAAAAAUGGGUUUCUUUGUUACUUACUUUUGUGUAAAACUCCUAAUGAUCUGCAGCUAUCGUGGUAAAAUAUACUAUCUGACAGUUUCUACUGCAUAUCUAUUUUGAUUCUUAGUUGAAUUUCAUCCCCGAACACAGACUGUUCUAAUGAAUUUGAUGCUGGUACUGGUUUGCUGGUUU